AUGCUGAGCCAGGUGGAGCAAGAAAUCCGGCGCAAAGUGGAACGCGAGAAGAACAUCAUUCAUGGUGCAACGCAGCUGAAGAAAAAGACCGAAAAUGUCAUGGUGAUCCAGAAAUGUAACACCAACAUAAGAGAGGCUCAACAGAACAUUCAAUAUCUUGAGGAAACUCUCAGAAAAUUGAAGUUGAGCGAUGGCGGGGACUCUCAAAGUGCAGCACAGAAGCGUGCAAGUCAUGGGUACGGCCAAUUGUCAACCAUUGCGCCAGACGAACACAUUUUCUCGCGACUAGACUUGAUGAAGUACGACUGUCCGUCCCUUUCUCAGCGUAUCCAAUACAUGUUGCAGCAAUUGGAAUUUAAACUCCAAGUGGAACAACAAUAUGAAGAAGCUAACGAGAAAUUGACCAAGUUGUACCAGAUCGAUGGAGAUCGUCGAAGCAGUUCUGCAGCGCAGGGGGGCUCCAAAGAAUCCAAGCAGAGAAUCCAACUUCUCAAAAAAUCUCUAAAGAAGUACCAAGCCAUUAAUGUGGACAUUGACCAGUUCAAAGAUCAUACAGACAAGUCCAACGCGGCACAGCCUAAAUUUAGGCGUCAGCAGCUGUCAGGAACGCUCACCAUCGGGGUGAAUGCGAUCCGCGACGUAGACCAUGUACAGUCUCCGAUGUUUUCACGAAGCCCUGAGACGUUCAUUACUAUCAAGAUAGAUGACACUGUUCAAGCGAGGUCCAGGGCUUCGAGAACUGAUAGGUGGCAAGAAGAGUUCCACAUCAAUGCCAGUAAUGGUAACGAGGUUGAAAUAACCGUUUAUGAUAAGAUCAAUGAACAAGUCGUUCCGGUCGCGCAAAUGUGGUUGCUGUUGUCGGAUAUAGCCGAGGAGAUCCGUAAGAAGAAAGCUGGCCAAACGGGGCAGAUCGAAUGGAAGGGAGCUGCUAGGGUAACAAGUCCACCAGAAAUGAAUGAUACUACCGGUCAUGCAACUGAUUCAGCUCCUGGUACAUAUGGUGCUUCUGUUCCAGAUGAUACUGUAUCGCGACCACUCACGACAAGCUUAUGGUUUGUGCUCGAACCUGCGGGCCAGAUUUUGCUGAAUCUCGGGUUUAGUAAGUCGAGCCAACCGGCAAAUAAGAACUUGAUGGGAGGUCUCCAUCGUCAUGGCGCCAUCAUUAAUAGGAAAGAGGAAGUUUACGAGCAACAGGGACACCAUUUUGUUCAAAAAUCAUUUUACAACAUCAUGUGCUGCGCCUAUUGCGGCGAUUUCCUGCGUUACUCUGGCUUCCAAUGCCAAGACUGCAAAUUCCUCUGCCACAAGAAAUGCUACCAGCACGUAGUGACAAAAUGCAUCGCCAAGGCUAGCACUGAAUCAGAUCCGGAUGAGCUCAAACUCAAUCACUAUAUUCCUCAUAGGUUCGAACCAGUGUCCAAUAGAGGAACGAAAUGGUGUUGUCAUUGUGGCUACAUUCUGCCCUGGGGUAAGAAGAAUUUGCGUAAAUGCACUGAGUGUGGCAUUAUGUGUCACACCCAAUGUGCACAUCUUGUGCCCGAUUUCUGCGGAAUGUCUAUGGAUAUGGCCAAUCAAAUUUUGACAGCAAUCCAGGACACCAAGAGGAAUCAGAAGGUCAAACAGAAGUCAUUGCCCAAAGUUCCAGUUCAGCUAAGUGGUGAAGCUCAUCAAACAGCUCAGACCAGCUCCGUUAGAUCUAAUAGGUUUUCUGACCGAAGUUUCGAAGCCAAGCAGCUGCCCCAUUCUCCAACACACGCCAACUUUGCCAACGUAAUCAGCCCUGAUCAGAAGUACAAACAUAUUGAACAAGACCAUUACCAACAGGAGACUGCAACUCUUCAGCAAGACUCUCAGACCAAGCGCAUAGCUCCUGAAGAAGAGAGAAACGAUAUUUUGAAUGAUAGGCUUUACAACUUCAUCGAGGAGAAUACCAACUACAAUGCUUUUACUGACCCAACGAGCUAUACAGAGCAACAUGAAUAUGAUGAGGGAAGUCGUACUUUGGAUCCUUCGAAUUUGAACUCCUCCGGAGUUGCCGCAGGGAAGUCAAGUGAUAUUUAUGACACAGUCGAGCAACAUUGGCGCGAAGAGGAACACAUGGAUGUCAGUUUGCCCGAAAAGUCUUAUGGCGAAGUUUACGAACCUAAAACAGACUUACAAGGCACAGAUGUCGUUGAUCUAGAUACCAAAGCGCCCCGCUACGAAACCAUCAUAAGCUCAAGAAACAACAUUGAAAGUACGUCACUUGGCUGGGAGUCAAAGGUGCAAGUAAACGAAGUUCAUGAAUCUGGGCCUUUGGUUGGUAAACCUGAACUAUUACCAGAUCACAAAGGUGAAGCAGUAAGUGAUGCUGCAUCCGUUGUCGGUCAAGAGAUCAGUGGAGCAGCACCCGCGUCUCGUUCCCCCCAACGCUCUCAUGCAAGCGGGAAACAUCGCAAGAAGGCUUCGAAACGUCGGAAAAUUUCACUAGAUGAUUUCGUCUUGCUAAAGGUGCUCGGGAAGGGAAAUUUCGGUAAAGUCCUCUUGGCAAAAUCCAAAAACAAUGAGCGGUUAUGUGCUAUAAAGGUUCUUAAAAAGGAUCAUAUAAUCAAGAAUCAUGAUAUUGAGAGUGCAAGGGCUGAAAAGAAGGUCUUUCUACUUGCUACAAAGGGCAAACAUCCAUUUUUGACCAAUCUUUUCUGCUCGUUCCAAACCGAAAACCGCAUUUAUUUCGCCAUGGAGUUCAUUGGUGGUGGUGAUUUGAUGUGGCACGUCCAAAACCAGAGGCUGUCUGUUAGGAGAGCCAAGUUUUAUGCUGCGGAGGUUUUGCUUGCUCUCAAAUAUUUCCAUGACAAUGGUGUAAUUUACCGUGAUUUGAAGCUUGAAAACAUUCUAUUGACACCCGAGGGCCACAUCAAGAUUGCUGAUUAUGGGCUUUGCAAAGACGAAAUGUGGUUUGGUAACAAAACCUCGACUUUCUGCGGAACUCCCGAGUUUAUGGCUCCUGAGAUUUUGAAAGAGCAAGAAUACACAAAAGCCGUGGACUGGUGGGCUUUUGGUGUUCUGCUGUAUCAAAUGCUUCUUUGCCAAUCGCCAUUUUCAGGUGACGACGAGGACGAAGUUUUCAAUGCUAUUCUUACGGACGAGCCUCUCUAUCCUAUUGAUAUGGCGGGGGAUAUAGUCCAAAUUUUCCAGGGUCUUUUGACCAAAGACCCAGAGCGGCGUCUUGGUGCAGGUCCUCGCGACGCUGCCGAAGUCAUGGCUGAGCCUUUCUUCAAGAACAUCAAUUUCGAUGAUAUUUUGCAGCAAAGGAUUCAGCCACCAUACAUUCCUGAAAUCAAAGCCGCAGAUGACACGUCUUAUUUUGAGAAAGAGUUCACCUCGGCGCCCCCUACGUUAACGCCCCUACCGUCUGUUUUGAGCUCGAACUUGCAAGAAGAGUUCCGUGGUUUUUCGUUCAUGCCAGAGGACCUACUUCUAUAA